AUGGUAGAGCAGACGCGAGGUCUUGAGUUUGUGUGUCCCAACAAGCAUCCAGAUUAUUCUAUGGAAAAGUGUCAUUUUAGAGAGUGGCUAUAUGGUCCGAAGUCUCAUUGGCCGGAGGAAAAGAAGAAAAAGAAUGACAGGAUUAUUACCGCAGCGCCUCCGGUUAAAUGCAAGUGUGGUGUUGAGGCUAGCUACGGCUUAGUUCCUUCCGAACUAGGAGUCGGAUAUUUUUGUGGUCAUAUGGUAGACUACGAUGUGAGCACUAGGAAAUGUGACUGGGAGUAUUGGCAUGGGAAAAGAGACUUCUACCAAACCUGCGAGCAAAAGAAAGCACUAGGCAUUAAGCUUCGAUGCGGGAACCAACUGUUGGACAACUAUGUGAAGUACUACAAAGAAGACGCACGUCGUGAAGCAAGAGAGGGCCGUCACAACAGCCCCGCAAAAGUAAUGUGGGAGAAAUGGAGGCUUGAAGGUAUCAAGCAAAAAGAAGAGGAGAACUCUUGGAGAGCUGUACUUCAAGAGUAUGACGAAAUGAAGGGUUUAGAGAAAAGAUUGUGUGCUAAGAUUGGAUGCACCGGAGAUUGGGCCGCUGAUGUGGCUCGUUCAAGUUAUUUGGAGAAGAUAGCUAUGGACAAGAUGAAGAAGGAUGAAGUCAAAGAGGCGGACGACAACAUGGAUGAGGAGGACAACUCAAGAUUGGACGCUCUCGCCGAACUUGUGCUUGAGCACGAUGCUUCUAAGAUGGCUCAACAAGAGCAUAAUGUACAUGUGCACAAUGCAGACGAAACCAGCCGCACUACGGACUUUGUGUUGCAGGUGGAGGAGGAUGAGGAGGAGGAAUGGUAUACACAAGCUGUGGAUGAGGCGGAGGCUGCUUACUAUAGCCAAAAGAAUUUGGUGGUAGAGCAGGAGGAGGACGAUGAAUGGUUAACACAAGCCGUGGAUGAAAUUGAGGCUGCUUACUACAGGCAAAAGGCGGAAAAGGCAAAAGGAGUGGUGGUGGAGGCUUGUGAGUCCGACGACGACGAUUUGCUACCUGGCUACGUUUCUGGUUAG